AUGCUUUUUCCUGGUGGCUCUAUGGUGCAAAAGUUUAAGCGAUUUGAUGUCUUCCCAAAGUUCGAUCGAAAAUUUGAGGUAGACGCGCGCCAUAGAACAAUAUCGGGUGGCAUCUUCUCAAUUGUAUCUCUAGUCAUCAUUUUAAUGCUGAUCAUCAGUGAAACACGCUAUUUCCUUUCAUCGAAAACAACGCAAGAUAUGCUAGUUGAUCCCACAGUAGGCGGUGAGAUGCCAAUAAUUCUUAACCUCACCUUUCAUCGCGUCUCAUGUGACCUCAUAGUCAUUAAUUCCAUUGACGCGCUUGGUUCACAUAUGGAUCACAUAGUGACAAAGACGGUGAAGACGCGUGUAAAUCCAGAUACAUUAAGACCGCUUGGGGAGGAAAAUCCUAUUAUAGAGAAUACAUUGGUUAGUAAAACACUUGACCAAGAUAGUGCGAAAAUUUCAAAAUGCCCAUCCUGCCACGGUGCCGAGUUGUACAAAGGUCACUGCUGCUUUACUUGCGACGAUGUCCGAAAUGCCUAUGAACAAAGAGGCUGGAAGUUUAGCACCGAAAAAAACCAAAUUGAGCAGUGUGCAGAGGAGCGUCAACGAUUGGCUUCCGCACUUUUGGCCAAUGAAGGAUGCAAUAUCUACACCAAAUUAUCCGUCGCCCGCGUAACUGGCAUUCUUCAAUUCAUUCUUGGCGAACUUCACACCCACUCUGGUAUCCCCCAUAUAGACAUCGGGAGCGACUCCUUUCGGAACCUCAACCUGAGCCACGUGAUUCACCAGCUUGAGUUUGGCGAGGCCUUUCCGGGUCAGAUUAACCCCCUCACAGGGGUGGAGCAGAUCCGCGGGCGGGAUUUGGAUACCAACGCGAAGCGCUUCAUGAACGGCCGCUUUAGCUACUUUGUGAAGGUGGUCCCCACACGCUAUAAGACGACCUCGCUGCUCCUCAGCACGAGCACCACGACGGAUUCCAGCCAGUACUCCGUCACCCAUCACUUUACCCCCUCCCUUGGGAAGAUGGAUGGGGAAAAAAAAGAAACAGGUAGACCAGCGCCGCCAACUGGGGUCAUUCCUGGGGUCUUUAUCACGUACGAUCUAUCGCCCAUAAAAGUCCAUAUCGUGCGCAGCCACCCGUACCCGUCUUUUGCGCAUUUUAUUUUGCAGCUCUGCGCCGUGUGUGGGGGUGUCUUCACUGUUGGUGGGCUCAUAGAUGCUAUGUUAUAUCACACAGUAAGGCGCUUGAAAAAGCACAGUGAAGGAAAAUUAAUGUAG